AUGUCAUACAAAUCUCAUGUAAAGGAGUAUUGUAGGAAUUGUAGUUUUGGGGGAGUUCAUUUUAUAGCUGAUGAUGAGAGACAUUGGAGUGAAAGAUGGCUAUGGGCAGUACUCGUUUUUCUCUGUUGGUAUGGAUCGGCACUUCUCAUAAUGGCGUCGUGGGAAGCUUUCGUUAUUUCCCCAAUUAGCUUUGGUGUAGAAACUACCUAUAAAGAUUGGGAUACCAAACUACCAACUGUGGCAAUCUGCGAAAUCAACAAUGAUGAUCAGAUUUACAACGUCUCAGAAACUAUCUGGUCAGCGAACCACCUUUGGGACCUGGAAGAUGUUCUCAAAGACAUAGCAUACUUCCGAGGAAUUGCCUACCGUCUUAUUGAAGUUUGCUAUCUACCAAAGAAAAUAGAUCCACUAUGUCCUCUUGCCAAUUAUAGCUAUUACGCAUCACUUGUUUAUACACUCGGUGAAGACGAGGUACCAACAGUAACAACUCUUUAUUCGUCAACAUUUAAAGUUGCUUUCGGAAAGUUUUACCGUCGUCAAGUAACUAUGAGAUACAUUGAAAAUGAUCCGCAGUUAGUUGAGACGACUCCUAAGCAACGAGCCUGCAGGUUUCAUGACGAGAACGAGGGUGGACUUUAUCCGUUCUAUUCAUACAGUGCUUGUAGCGUCAAAUGUAGAAGAGAUGCUCAAAUGGAUCUCUGUCAAUGCAAUGACCAUUUUAUGCUCGGAACUAAAGAAUCAGACAUAUGUAAUAUAACAGGUAUGUGGUGCCUUCACUCACAUUCCAGUCAACUGACCACCUUUAAGCCACCCUGGGCUCAGAAAUCAGGACUCAUCUGUGAGUGCUUGCCUUCAUGUGACGAAACUGAGAUAACUGUCAUCAAAGAUGUGUUCACGCCGUUCAAACGUAAAACUAAAAAGAGUGUCGUUGAACUAUCGCUUGCUUAUUUACCGACUGAGAGAUUUAAACGUAAUGUUGUCAGGAGUCGUUUGGACUUAGUUGUAUCUCUGGGCAGCGCUGCGGGUUUGUUUGUUGGGGCGAGUUUACUCAGCUUUGUGGAACUUAUAUUCUUUUUCACGGUACGCUUUAUAAGCAACCUUUUUAUGGCGAAACGUAAAACUGUUUCAAUUAGAUAA